GCCGGGGUGGCUGUUUGACGUCGGAACCUAUUCACGGACGCACUGGGGAGUGAAUUGUUUACAAACAACAAAGUGCCAGAAAAACCGAAAAUUGUCACCGAAAAUCAGCAAAUGUGUCCCUUGUUUAAUUCCAACAGUGGUAGAGAAUCAUCACAGUCGUAACAGCGAAUAGAAGUCGGAUAUUUCCACUGCGUCUAUGGGGGCAGUGAUAUAAAGCUGAGCAGGUGCAGUGUCUUAAGUUACGAGGCGGCGUUGGCUGUGGCCCGUCGGCAGGACACAUGGCAGAGGAAGGCAACAAGCUGACACUGAGGCGCUUGGAGGCACCAAUCCACAAGUUCAUUAAAGUGGCUCUACCCACGGACCUGGAGAGGCUGCAGAAACACCACAAUAACAUACAGAAGUACCAACAAAGCCUGCAAUGGGACCGGCUUCAUCUGGAGCAUAUUAAUGCCAGCAGAACUGUCCAGCAGUUGAGAGCUAACGUCAGAGAGAUGGAGAAGCUGUGCACGCGGGUUCGUGCCGAAGACGCCGACGCGUUGGAAGCGCUCGUCAAGCCAGUCAGAGAUCGGGCAUCGGCCGCAGCACGAGACUUCUUGCUUUUGCACUCCAACCCGGCGCCUUGGCCCGCGCCAGCAACACCGCCCGGCGCUCAGCCGUCCAGCUGUGUGUCCAGCAGUUGCCAUGCUGAUGACAAUAUGUGCGAGCAGACAGUGUCUGGAAGGCAAAUUCAGCUGCAACUUCCAGAAAUCCCUCCUGAUCAGAGUGCAGCUGAGUCCUGGGACAACCUGGAAGAGGACCUGAAGGAACUAAGCAGUUUGGUGACGGAGUUCUCUCUGCUCGUCCAUUCCCAGCAGGAGACGAUUGACAGCAUAGAGGACAACGUCAACACAGCCGCUGCCAACGUGGAGGAGGGGACCAAGAGCCUGGGGAAGGCCGUUGGCUACAAGCUGACGGUGCUGCCGUUUGCAGGGGCGCUGCUGGGCGGCGUGUUAGGAGGUCCACUCGGCCUGCUGGCCGGGUUCAAAGUCGCAGGGGUGGCAGCGGCUCUGGGAGGGGGGGCUCUGGGGUUUGCAGGUGGCAACAUAGUCCAGAAACACCGCAAAGCCCGAGUGGAUCUACAGAUGAAACAACGGAGUGAACCGCCACCAGAACGGAACAAGGACAAAUGACCAGUUGUGGCCUCUAAUCACAGAGGCCUCUGUGUCGACUGACCAAUCAGCAGCACCGACUAGAACUCGGGCGGUGCCGCAGUGCCUUAAAGAGACUGAACAUGGAACGCCGGCAGGCUGUCGACGUGCACUGCUGUAGUCAACUGUCCGUGUCAGCAUGACAUCACUCAUCUUUACUAAAUUAAAUCUGUCAAUAAAUUAAGACCACAAUUGGACACCUCGGCCAUUUUGUCAAACGGCGUCACUAAAGCUUCGGUUAUACUUACCGCAAAAACAGUGUGACUUCACUUGUGCGGGAGUGUAAACCCGUGCAGAUGUAUGGAAUGUAAAUCAAGCCGUUUAUUAAGACAUUGUUUACUCCUCAAACUAGCAUCCUUUUUUCAUAUUGUUUGUUUGCCAGUCUGUGAACAUGCCUCAAAGUUCCUUCUCGUGGAAACGAAUAUCGCAACGUGAACAGCUGCACUAAUGUUGACUACAAUGAUAUAUGGAGAUAUAAGGACAUGACAAAAAAGUGUCAAAGUGGAUAUUCUUAAAUGUUUGUAUGUACUGAUCUGCUUUUGCAACGUGUGAGAGACGCAAAUAAAACCUGUUUUCAAUGUCA